CGGUCACGCGGCGAGUGAGGGGUGCGCGCGGGGCUGGGACUGGCCCAUUCAAACGCACAGGACCCAGCCACCGCCGGCCCCUCCUCUCCCGCGCGGGGUGCGCGCGCAGGAGCCCCCAUUUGUGCAUUGUUGCGUACGGAGGAGGCGUGUCCUGCUGCGGCCGCCGUACUACCGAUGUGGUCCGUCACUGUUGGGGGGAGCGGUUCCACGUCAGCCACAGCGGAGCAGCGGGCAGAGCCGGGGCUGGAGGGGGCCUGCCGCGGGCAGCACGGGAGGCAGAGUGCCUGAUAUUUGUCGGAAGUAGUUCUUCUAUUAAGAAAGUAUUUGUAACCAAGAACAAUGACAGCCGCAGAGAAUGUAUGUUAUACGUUGAUUAAUGUUCCAAUGGAUUCAGAACCGCCUUCUGAAAUCAGCUUAAAAAAUGACCUAGAAAAAGGAGAUGUAAAGUCUAAGACAGAGGCCUUGAAGAAAGUAAUUAUCAUGAUCCUGAACGGUGAAAAACUACCUGGACUUCUGAUGACUAUUAUUCGUUUUGUACUGCCUCUUCAAGAUCAUACCAUCAAAAAACUGCUGUUAGUCUUUUGGGAGAUAGUUCCGAAGACCACUCCAGACGGCAAACUAUUACAAGAAAUGAUCCUUGUAUGUGAUGCCUAUAGAAAGGAUCUUCAGCACCCCAAUGAAUUUAUCCGGGGCUCUACUCUUCGUUUUCUUUGCAAGCUGAAAGAAGCAGAAUUACUGGAACCUUUGAUGCCAGCUAUUCGUGCAUGUUUGGAACAUCGUCACAGCUAUGUGCGCAGAAAUGCAGUCCUGGCAAUCUACACAAUUUACAGAAACUUUGAACAUCUUAUACCUGAUGCUCCUGAAUUGAUCCAUGAUUUCCUGGUGAAUGAGAAAGAUGCAAGCUGCAAAAGAAAUGCAUUUAUGAUGCUAAUUCAUGCAGAUCAGGAUCGUGCUUUGGAUUAUCUGAGUACCUGCAUUGACCAAGUCCAGACAUUUGGUGACAUUCUUCAGCUGGUUAUUGUUGAACUAAUUUACAAGGUCUGCCACGCUAAUCCAUCAGAAAGAGCUCGAUUUAUACGCUGUAUUUACAACUUAUUGCAAUCAUCUAGUCCUGCAGUAAAAUAUGAAGCAGCAGGAACACUAGUUACACUCUCCAGUGCACCAACAGCAAUCAAGGCAGCAGCUCAGUGUUACAUUGACUUAAUUAUUAAAGAGAGUGAUAACAAUGUGAAACUGAUUGUAUUGGAUCGCUUGAUUGAGCUGAAGGAGCAUCCUGCUCAUGAACGAGUGUUACAAGAUCUCGUUAUGGACAUACUGAGAGUGCUGAGUACUCCAGAUUUAGAAGUGCGCAAGAAAACCCUUCAGUUAGCUCUGGAUCUUGUAUCUUCCAGAAAUGUGGAAGAGUUGGUGAUUGUUUUGAAGAAAGAAGUGAUUAAAACAAACAAUGUGACAGAACAUGAAGAUACUGACAAAUACAGACAGUUGCUUGUUAGGACACUGCAUUCCUGUAGCGUUCGGUUUCCAGAUAUGGCUGCAAAUGUUAUUCCUGUGUUGAUGGAGUUCCUAAGUGAUAACAAUGAAGCUGCAGCUGCUGAUGUCUUGGAAUUUGUGCGUGAAGCAAUUCAGCGGUUUGAUAAUCUCAGACUACUUAUUGUUGAGAAGAUGCUGGAAGUCUUUCAUGCCAUUAAAACUGUCAAGAUUUACAGGGGAGCUUUGUGGAUCCUUGGAGAAUAUUGCAGCACAAAGGAAGAUAUACAAAGUGUAAUGACAGAAGUCCGCAGAUCACUGGGAGAGAUCCCAAUAGUGGAAUCUGAAAUAAAGAAAGAAGCUGGUGAUAUGAAACCUGAAGAGGAGGUGACUGUGGGUCCAACCCAAAAAUUGGUGACGGAGAUGGGCACCUAUGCUACACAGAGUGCCCUCAGUAGUUCCCGACCUGCCAAAAAGGAAGAAGAUAGACCUCCAUUACGAGGAUUCUUGCUGGAUGGGGAUUUCUUUGUUGCUGCCUCCCUUGCCACAACUUUGACUAAGAUUGCCCUACGCUAUGUGGCUCUUGUUCAGGAAAAGAAGAAACAAAAUUCUUUUAUUGCCGAGGCUAUGUUGCUAAUGGCCACUAUUCUCCAUUUGGGUAAGUCAUCUCUUCCCAAGAAGCCAAUUACAGAUGACGACGUGGAUCGUAUCUCCCUAUGUCUGAAGGUUUUGUCAGAAUGUUCUCCUCUAAUGAAUGAUAUUUUCAACAAGGAGUGCAGACAGUCCCUUUCUCAUAUGCUGUCAGCUAAACUAGAAGAGGAGAAACUUUCUCAGAAGAAAGAGUCAGAGAAGAGGAAUGUGACAGUUCAGCCAGAUGACCCCAUUUCCUUCAUGCAGCUUACUGCUAAAAAUGAAAUGAACUCAAAGGAAGACCAAUUUCAGCUGAGCCUUCUGGCAGCAAUGGGGACCACACAAAGAAAAGAAGCUGCUGAUCCCUUGGCAUCCAAACUCAACAAGGUUACUCAGUUGACAGGUUUCUCAGAUCCUGUCUAUGCAGAAGCAUAUGUUCAUGUCAACCAGUAUGAUAUUGUAUUGGAUGUGCUUGUAGUAAACCAGACCAGUGAUACUUUGCAGAACUGCACAUUAGAACUAGCCACACUAGGUGACUUGAAAUUAGUGGAAAAACCAUCUCCUUUGACGCUUGCUCCUCAUGAUUUUGCAAACAUUAAGGCUAAUGUCAAAGUAGCUUCAACAGAAAAUGGAAUCAUUUUUGGUAAUAUUGUGUAUGAUGUAUCUGGAGCAGCCAGUGACCGAAACUGUGUUGUCCUCAGUGAUAUUCACAUUGACAUCAUGGAUUACAUCCAGCCUGCUGCUUGUACUGAUGCAGAGUUCCGCCAGAUGUGGGCAGAAUUUGAAUGGGAAAACAAAGUUACAGUUAAUACAAACAUCAUUGAUCUAAAUGAAUACUUACAGCACAUACUAAAAUCAACCAACAUGAAAUGCCUUACCCCAGAGAAGGCACUUUCUGGUUACUGUGGCUUUAUGGCUGCCAAUCUGUAUGCACGUUCCAUAUUUGGAGAAGAUGCACUUGCAAACGUCAGCAUUGAAAAGCCAAUUCAUCUUGGACCAGAUGCUCCUGUCACUGGCCACAUACGAAUUCGUGCAAAGAGUCAGGGAAUGGCCCUAAGUCUUGGAGAUAAAAUCAAUCUGUCUCAGAAGAAAACGAGUUUAUAAACUUUCCAGAUAGUCUUUUCAGAGCUUUUACAAUUAAAUUUUAGGUAUGUGGCUUGUUGGAUUCAGAACAUCUUGUAUUCUUCCAUGUUCUGUAAUUGUAGAAGCAGAGCUUUUGUGCUGAAUGCCUUCCAGCGGAUAAUUUAUAGAUUCUUCUGAUCAAUAUUGAGUAAAACUUUAAAACAUCAAUUUAUUUUUUUCUCUUUGUCUUAGAAGUCAUGUAUACUUUGUCUCUAAUAUAUACUGACUAUUUCACAGUACAAUAAACAAAUCUAAGCCAGGCUGGUUUUGUCCUGAUUUACAAAUAAACUCAGUAUUAUUUGAUUACUACUUUUUAUAUUUCAAUAAAGUAAAGUUACAUUGC